CCAGCAUCUAUAGAAGCACCCGAUAUGUCUUUAUCCGGUAUUCCCACCGAUGAUCUCACACGUACGUGACUUUUCCAGACUCGGCGAAGAACUCCCCUCGGGGUUUCAUCUAUUCUCCAAACCACUAACAAACAUUAGCGAUUCUUAAGUCCUCGGAUCUUGCCGAGGAAAUGCAAGUGCGUGUCUUGGAAAUGGCUGUCGAGGCAUUAAGAACAUAUCAGAUCGAGCGCGAAAUUGCCACCUAUUUGAAAAAGGAAUUGGACUUGCUUUACGGCGCUUCGUGGCAUGUUAUUGUAGGCAAGUCGUUUGGCUCGCACGUGACGCACGAGCAAGGCUACUUUGCGUACUUUUAUAUCGGCGAAAUGGCGUUUCUUGUCUUCAAGAGUUGAAGAGGGCCUAAUUCCCCGUCGCUUGGCGCAGCAAAUAUGUCGGUCCUGAAAUCUCUUCGUGUUUCUGAUUCCGAGGAUUCUCCGUAUUUUGCUGGCCGAGCUUAUAUGCGGCAGAGAUGGGACCAGAUGCCGAGAACCAGAGAGAUGUUCAAGAACAAGGAA